UAUGCAUGUACAUACAAAUGCCAUGUUUCACGUCAAGGAUAAAUAAAUUCUGCAAUUAAGAUUACAAAAAGGUACAUAAAUAUGUAUGUAAAACUCCGAGAUAAAUAAUUGUCCAGUUAACUUUUCCCCUUUUGAUUGUUAACAUCUAAAUAAAAAUUUCUUCACGUUACUCAAGUUCAUCCUGAAAAAAUUAGCAGGAAUCUAUUUGAAAUCUGCAAGGAAAAUGAAGAUAUUCCCUCCAAUGUGUCUUCUCGGAAUUUGCAAUUUGUUUCUGGGACCAAUAAUUAUCGUGCAGGGAAUCUUGCCAGAACUUUCCGGUUACCUGGUGAAGCUGAACGCCAACGAAGACAUCAUGGAGAUCGUUCAGGAAUAUGUCCCGGUUUUCGUCGCUCAUUUCUGUAUGGUCGUCUGCUGCGUUAUUUCGGGAAUAUGUGCAAUUUCUACGUCCUGCCUGGGCGCCGGCAGGUCAGUGAUCACAUUCGCAAAGGUGGCGAAUUUCUUCUCAAAACUGUUAGUCUGCCUGGUCGUGGUGUUUAUAUUUUACAACUGGGAUCCGAUGGAUUGGAGGACGUGGGACGGAUUUCCGAGGACAUGGGGGUCGAUCUCCUUGCCCACCCCGACAUGCUUUUAUUGUUUCGUGGUGCAAUUUUGUUUUGUGAUACUGUGUACUCAAUUAAUUACUGAGAAACAAAAUGAGGCGCAAAAUGUGGUAACGGUGAAAAAAGUUGAGAAGAAAGCAGGCGGAAAUAAAAAUAAAGGGAAGAAUAAAGGUCAAAAAAGAAGGAGGGAUUGAUUUCUGAAGAAAUUUAUGUACGUAUUUAUUUGUGACGGGAUAAGUAAAUAUUUCAGUUUGAUCGUAUGAUUUAUGAAAGUAAGGAGCGUAUGAAUGUAAUUAUUUAAAUCGUGUGUAAUGUAAAUACAUUUAAUGGAAAGUAAUAUUCCGUAAAUAAGCUUAUUUUAUAACGAUGGUUCAAAAAUCUGUAUUCGUGUAUUAAUUAAGCAAUUAUUUAAUCAUCUUAUUUUAUAUUUCGAUAGUGUAAAGUCGAGUAAAAAACUGUGUAAAUAUAUGCCUUUUGCUAAUUGUACCAGAA